CGUUGAUCUCGUUUCGCUUCUGCAGUGAGACUUUACUGUUCAUUUGGAUAAGGUUGCACCUAGCUACAUGUUGUUUUCGAGUCCUUGUUUCGUUUAGAUAAAGUAUUCCAUCGAAGGAUGAGCGAUAACGAUGACAUCGAGGUCGAUAGUGACGAAGAAUCGCCGAGAUUUAACUCUGGGGCAGACAAACGGGCACAUCACAAUGCUCUGGAACGCAAGCGCAGGGACCACAUCAAAGACAGUUUUCACAGCCUGCGCGAUUCCGUCCCUGCCUUGCAAGGGGAAAAGGUUGGUAAACCUUCGGCAUCUCGAGCUCAGAUCCUAGACAAAGCCACAGAGUACAUCCAGUACAUGAGGCGGAAAAACCACACACACCAGCAGGAUAUUGACGACCUCAAGAGACAGAACGCCUUGUUGGAGCAGCAAGUCCGUGCACUGGAGAAGGUGAAGGGGCUGCAGGGCAGCUACAAUUCAUCGGACGGCAGCCGCUACACCAACGCCAAGGGCAGCACCGUGUCCGCGUUCGACGGCGGCUCUGGGUCCAGCUCCGAGUCCGAGCCUGAGGAGCCGCCCACACGAAAGAAGCUCCGCGCCGAGGCCAGCUAAAGACCCCUCACAUCCAGUGAGUGGAGGAGGAGGAGGAGGAGGGGAUAAAAUGGCCCCUAUUGCUUUCUUCAGCCCCCGUCAAAUCCACCCCCCCCCCAGGCUCUCCACUCCGCUUCCAGCUCUGUCCAUCCCUCUCCGGUCACCUGUCUCGCUCUGUGACACACCCCCCCCCCCCCCCCCCCCCCCCCCCAAAAAAAAAUCUUAGUCCAGAAGAGGGGGCAAAAAAGCCAGCCUACAGGAGGACGACAUCUUCGCCAUUUUAAUUUCUCUGAAGAAAGGAAAUGAGUUUCGUGUAACUUCCUGUUUUGUUUUCGUUUGGUCACCUCCUUCUCCCCCUUUUCAUCGGCUCUGUCUGAGCCCCCACUCCCAGCAGCGGCGUCUUGGCAACAACAAACAGGACUGUCCAGAUUGCCGGAUGAGGCAGCUUCGCUUCUUACGGACUCCAUGCAUCUUUUUUGCCUUUUUGAUUUCUCCUUCCUUCCUUAAAAAUCUGUUCCCAUUAACCUCCAUGUGGAGUCCGGAGGAGCAGGGGAGAGACGUGUAUCUCCAAGCACUGCGAGGGGGUAAAAAAAAAAAAUUAACUUUCGUUUACGCGUCAUCCCUUUUUGUUUUGUUUCCUGUUUUGGUAAUCUUAAAAGAACCUGUUUAGAACAACACACAGCCCACUACAAACUGUCACCCAGGAGCAGUUUACCUUUGUAGAAACAAACAACAAAGAUAAAUGGAAUAUUUUUUUCCACAAAAGAAUGUGAUUCUACAUAGCAGCAAUGAUUGACCUGUAAGCAAGCUCACCUCAGGAUUCUCCAAAGUGGUUGAACACGUUUGUUAAUGGAUAAAGAAAAGUGAAAUUCCUUUUAUUUUGAAAUUGAUGUCAUGGAGUAGAGACAUUUUUCCCAAACUUGUGCUUUUGUCCAUUUAGCUUGAUGUAGAGAAUGAAUUUAGAUGGCUUACUUCAGUUUAGAUUUCAGGGUUUUGUAAUUGAAAAAAAAAAAAAAAAAAAAUUGGAUUACUUUCAAAGCCUCUGAAUAUGUUGUACAAUUUGUAUUGGUCACGCAUACUUGGGAACACUGCUGGUGUGCUAGAUGUACUUCUCUCGUGUUAUGAAAAACAUAGAAUGUCAAGUCACAUUUUUUUGAUUGAGGUAAAAAGAAGGAAUGGUAGCUGUUGUGUUUUUGCUUUACAAGGUAAACUUUUAAAUGUUGCGGGUUUAAAUUUAAAGGGGUUCAAAGAACCUCCCCCAUAAAAGCAUUUUGCCUGUUGGAGGUGUGAGCGCGUGUGUGUGUGUGUGCGCGUGUGUGUCUUGAGUGUAUGUAUGUAUGUAUCUUUUACCAUUUGUGUUUUUUUCCCAUUUAGGACAUUUAGAGUAUACUAAAUAGGUAUUUUGUUUGUUUAAUUCCAUUCCAUGGAAACUACAGGUAUGUUGUACAUACUGCCAACAACUGUCUUGCAAGUUGAGGCCUACCUUUACUAUGAGACUAUAAAUAAAAAAAAAAAAACUAUUUUAUCCUUUA